UUCAUAAAUUCAUUGAAGAAAGAACCAAAGAGGAAUCUCUUUGAAAGAACAACGCAGAAGCAGAAACGCAUACAAAUUUCCAUCCUUCCUUUGUACACAGGCGCGUGACUCAUGCGCAGAUGAAAUUUUCCAUGUAUGUUCGCAAAGUGGAGGUUUAUCUUUGUUAAGAGACAACUUGUUGCCUCCGUUUUACCGUGUUGAUAAGUUCUAUACGUAUAAUUCUAUAUGAUGACCGAUUCUUUUUGCCAAGGCACGCCCCAGAUGACUUUUGUUUCGGGUUCAGAUAAGAUUCUUAACAAAAAGAUACUGGAUAUUAUUAAAUGUCCAAAAUGUGCCUAUUUUUUGAGACCACCCAUGUUCCUAUGCACAGAGGGUCACAAUUAUUGCGAAGAAUGUUUUCGGAGAAAUUCAUCCAGAUGUCCAGAAUGCGGUGCCGUUAAAACGGAAAAUCGGAGCGUACAGUUGGAACAAAUUCAUAAUGCUUUAUUUUUCCGCUGUUUUUUCUCCAGAUUUGGAUGCAGGAUGAUAUGUAGAGGCAUAAUCAUAAGAUUGCACGAAAGUCAGUGUUCCUUUAGGAUGUAUGGAAAUUUGUAGUUGAAUUCUGUGCUUGUAGUGUUUUGGGAUACAUUAAAAAUUUCACUGAAG